AACUAGGGCUUUACCACUCUUUAAAACCCCUUUGGCCAAUAAAAAAAAAUUCAUAGAAAUAGAAAUUCGAAGUCCAUAGCAAAGAGUGAAAUGAAUCAGAUGUGGAGAGUGAAUUCCCUGAGCAAAGCUGUGAGGACUCUUAGAUAUCUCCAGGAAUCCUCCUUCUCAACCGCCGUUAUCCGCCAGCAUUCUUCUUCCACUCCGCCUCUCUCUUCUCCGCUGUUCACCACCGCCGUCCGCCACCUUCGCACGGGCCGCGACCCUAGCUUCAGUUACGAGACUACACCUCCAGUCAACUGGGGCAUCCGCAUCGUACCGGAGAAGAAAGCCUACGUGAUAGAACGAUUCGGGAAAUACUUGAAAACGUUGCCGUCUGGAAUACAUUUCCUAAUCCCACUCGUGGAUCGAAUUGCCUAUGUUCAUUCCCUCAAGGAAGAGGCCAUUCCUAUCCCAGACCAAUCCGCUAUUACCAAGGACAAUGUCAGCAUUCUCAUAGAUGGCGUUCUUUAUGUCAAGAUUGUGGACCCCAAGCUUGCCUCUUAUGGCGUUGAGAACCCAAUCUAUGCCGUCAUUCAGCUUGCUCAAACCACCAUGCGUAGCGAGCUUGGUAAAAUUACCCUCGACAAGACCUUCGAAGAGAGAGACACUCUCAACGAAAAGAUUGUGGAGGCCAUCAAUGUGGCUGCAAAAGACUGGGGCCUCCAAUGUCUCCGUUAUGAGAUAAGGGAUAUAUCUCCACCACGUGGAGUGAGGGCAGCUAUGGAGAUGCAAGCAGAAGCAGAGCGUAAAAAGAGAGCUCAAGUUCUUGAAUCUGAAGGAGAAAGACAGGCCAACAUAAAUAUUGCUGAUGGUAGGAAAAGUGCUGUGAUCUUAGCAUCUGAAGCUGCAAAAAUGGAUCAGGUUAACCGAGCACAAGGUGAAGCAGAAGCCAUCCUUGCUAGAGCACAAGCUACAGCUAGAGGAAUCGCCUUGGUGUCCCAAUCCUUGAAGGAAAAUGGGGGAGUUGAGGCAGCAAGUUUAAGGAUUGCAGAGCAGUACGUUCAAGCCUUCAGUAAUAUUGCCAAGGAGGGCACAACAAUGUUGCUUCCUAGUUCCGCUGCAAACCCUGCCAACAUGAUUGCCCAAGCUCUCACUAUGUACAAAAGCCUGGUCAGCGAUGUUUCUACUGAUGGUUCUCAUGUUAACCCUUCCCCUGAGCUAUCCAGAAGCACAAUGGAUGCUCCCUCUGCAAAGACUGAAGGUGAAAUCCAGAACCCCAGAGCAGCAGUAGCAAGGGACACAAAUCAUGUAGGCCAAGCAGGAUUUUCACUUCAGGGUUCCAAGAAAAAUGAAUAGAAUUGAUUUUACCAAAAUUCCAUUGUUUGCAACCAUAUUGUGUUUCUGGGUUCUUGUAUGGAGAGGCUACUUUGAUACUUGUUAAAAGUUUCUGAAUCUUUCAAAAAGAGAGGCAAGGAUUUAGGGGAUUUUAGAAUUGAUAAAAGGAUGCUCAUUCAUUUGGUAAGAGUUUGACUACCAUGUAAUACAGGCCGGGAUAUCUUUUUAAGCAUCGAGAAUCCAACUAAAGGUUAAAAAUUUUUCAGGAAACACCUGUGUUGCCCCUCUAUUUGCAGUGAAAAACUAUACAUAAGAUAGGGAUACAAGCAUUUGAUUUGAUUUGAUUUGAUUUCUUAUACUUACUUUCUAAACUCUAAAUCCAAUAAAACUCUAUC